UCUUGCUGCUGCCAGGUCCAGAGUGUGUCAUGGGUCCCUGUACGGCCUCCCAUUGCUGCUGUCUCCAUCGCCACACUCUGCCAUGUGUGCCACUUUCAGGUCUCUCCUCACACUGCUGGUGGGUUCCAUUUUGUCAUAGGGUGCUGGCAGAUUACGGGCCUCCCAUUGCUGCUGCCAGGCCCGUAAUCUGCCAUGGGCCCCCGUACCGACUCCUCAUGCUGCUGCCAGGUCCAGAGUGUGUCAUGGGUCCCUGUACGGCCUCCCAUGCUGCUGUCUCCAUCGCCACACUCUCUGCCAUGUGCCACUUUCAGGUCUCCUCACACUGCUGGUGGGUUCCAUUUUGU